GCUCACGUCGCUUCUUCAGCCGCUUUGAUACAAGUGUCUUGCGUACUUUCGAUCGCUCCCAAAACACACUACAAAAAUCAGGGUCUUUUACGGACACCCACCCUCAAUAGAUAUCUCUAGUAAGUAGAAGUACCCAAAAAUGGCAGUUGUUAGUAUACCCCCCUUCUAGUGGCACCUGAAAUUUUACGUUACAUAUGUUUGUCUUUCACUUUCAUCAUUUUCGACAAAGGAGGACGUAAGAUGCCUCAAAUGUUAUGACUUCCAACAUGAUCCAGGAAGAUUAUCGAGGCGGAUGAUCACGAGCAGACCCUCGUGACGAAUGCUUGGUUCCUUCCGCGAUCAUGACUCCUUUUCUGCUAAAGGAGAACUUCUUCUUCGAAGCACGACUAUGACUUUCACCUUGCACCAAAUCGGACGGGACGAGGAAUCGGCGCCAAGUUAAAUCAAACAAAGAACAAGCGUAAAAGCUUAAGCUUUGACUUCACCUCCGCCAGCAGAACAACACUACCCCGGAGCAGAAGCUCGACCCAUCAUGAUCCCCUUCCAAGUCGAGCGUUUUUCCCUGGAGGGUAGCAGGGAGAAUUGGAAAAAAACCAACCAUCCCUUGCUGGAGAAUGCCGACGAGAAAGACCUAAAGCUCGCCAUCGUCCUUCACUUCGAGAUCAUUUCCCACAAGGCCAAGAAGAAAAAGUGCUGCAAAUGUGUGGGAAAGUGCGAAACAAAACUCUGUGCCAGCUGGCGGAAAAACAAGAACAAUACAACAGCGAACAAAAGCACCUCCGAUUUUUUCCACUUUGAGUCGGAAUUUCACUCCUUACCUUUGAGCAACGACGCGGCGGUCCGGGGCACGCGGAUCAGCAAGGCGGCUAGCAUCGUGAAUAACCGGUCGACCGCAAACAGCCUGGCGAGCGAGGAUUCCGAUGUGGAAAACAAUAACCGAGACUCGUCCGGCGCGACAGAAACGUCAGGGCUGGAGGAGCUGCGGCUGGUAUCUUCCCGGGCGAGCGGAGAGUCCGAAACCUCGGAGAUGCUGGGGAUAAUGGAGUGGAGCCGGGACCAUUUAGGUGCCAAGCCGAUGACCUUCAUCGCGCGGAAGACAGCCAAGGUGAAGGUAAAAAUCUACGUGAUCGCAGACCGCGCGGACCAGAAGCCCGCGCACGGGAACCACCAGGAGGAGUUCGCGGUGCUGGCGUCCUUCGAGGCGACUUCGGACGCGAAGACGGCGGAAGGAUUUCUCCAGAUCAAAGAAGUCCCCCUCCCGGUCGCGGAAAGGAAAAACUAUCGGAACAAGUCUUCCGGGCAGCGAGGUGGAAUGAUUUUUCCCAAACCGGUCCCGCAGGUCUAUUUAUCGCACUCGAAAACCGUGGUCGCACACCACGCGGAGAAGCACAGCCGGAGCAUCGUGGACCUGGUACAGGGCCGCCCCGUGCAACAACUACGCGGGGCGGGAGGUCUUACAGGUAACCCGACCGGGGUAACGGGGCGUCUGGAUAGCAAAGCCACACCUGAUAGCAAGGGUGGGGAGAGCAACGACGCGGAAAUAACCGGUGGCACGGCCACUUCCAAAGAGUCGUCCGGUGCAGCUGACCGAGCAGGGCCAAAUGCUAGUGGUGGAGACGAAGGUGGUAUCAAAUCAAAGCAGGUACAACUACCACAACGUCUAGACCGUGAAAUGACAUCCGAUUCCGUGCCCACGAAAUUGAGCACCAACACGCGGGCCGCGAUAUUGGAGGAUGAGGACGAUUAUGAAGGAACUUUUGAACUGACAAUACAAGACACACCAGAAGAUAACCGCGAUGAAGUAGGAAAAAGUCGCGAAACGACUGAAAAGGGUAGAGAGACAGGCACAGCAUCCAUUGCGACAGACAAGAAAGACGACGCAGGUGAAGAAGGACAAGAACCCGCAGCGGCGGCUGCAGUGGUUGCCCAACAGGCUGUGAUGUCCAAGAAGUCCGCAAGUGCAAGUGGAGCUACUGUUCCAGCCUCAACACCUGCGCCCUCUAAUACUGGAGCUGUUCUUGCCGUUGAAAAUAGUGCGUCUUCUAAGUCUGCCACGACCACCACCUCCCCAACAGCAGCUCCUAUCGACCAGAAAAUCCUCAACACUGUUCUGACCGGGAUGGAGUUUAGCCUAUACCUGACCCAGUCGCCCGCCGGGAAACCGCAGGUGAUGAAAGCCAAGAACUACCGGCCACGGGAACUCUACUCGUCGAACGGGCAACUGCUGGAGCGGUCCGAGUGGAAGUUUUCUUCGCGGGUUUACACGAACGAGUGGCCCAGCGCCUCGGACGCGCUGCCGCUCGAAUUGCUGCGGAACCGGGAGGAGCACCACGUGGUCCACAUGAUCGAACGCGAGCUGAAAAUGGAUUGUGUUGCGAUGCACAACACGAUUUUCCCCCAGGGUCUGUCCCGCGAGUGGUACCGCGCGAUCUUGUACAGCGAAAGGGAAUUAUCCGAGCACGGCAUGGGCGGGCAGCACACGGCUUCUAAUCGACUACCAGCGAAUUCCGCCGGCCUACAGAGAUCGCCGUCGCGGGAUGGCCACGGGCUGGCAGUGAAAAAAACCAAAGCCGGUGCGCCAGGAAGUAGUCCUCCUGACAACGCGAGUACUUCCCGAGACAGUAGUAGAAAUAAAGCCGGCACGACCGGACGAGGGUCUUCGCCGGGUGCAGCUGGUGACAAUGAGCAGGAUCUGUUCGAAUACAACAAUUCCGACUCCGAAUCGUCCAGUUCUAGCAGCAGUUCGGACGAGGGUGACGAGGACAUGGUACACGUCGAGGAAAAACUCCGCCAUUCGCGGAACGUGCUGCAAAAAGCGAUCGCCACGGUGCAAUCCGGCGGGCACCGGCUGCUGGGCACGUUUAAAUUGAAACAUACACUACAGAAUAGAAGCUCUUCUAGAGCUGCGGCUUCCUCCUCCUCCCCGCAGGCUGGUCCGCACACCUUUUUCUUCGACACGCACGAUGGGUCGCGGUCGCAGGGGAUGGCGAGUAUGUUUCUCUUCCGGUCGGCGAGCUUCAAAAAAGCCGGGGAGAUGAACAAUGCGGACGAUCUGGUCGGGGCGGAACUCACGGUCUCGGAAAAGCGGCACGUGGAAGACAUGCUGUUGAACUUCAUCGGCUUGAACGCAAAGCACUACCGCCACCGGCACUCCAAAGCAGUCGGAAGCACCACCCAAGGGGUGUCGGAUGUUACGGUGUUGCCGAUUUUCACCUCGACGACGGUUAAUACGGCAAAUGAUAGUGCGGAGAUGUCGAACCAAGCUGUUGCAAGCCAGCAGGCCGCAAUUAUCUCCGAUCCUGGUAAAGAUAGUAGCACUGUCAGCCCCGCCACUAUCGGUGGCGGAGCGACGUUGCCGGUCGGUGCGCAAAUCCUCGCGAGUGGCGAUCUUCAAGAGAAUAAAGCCGGCGCUGUUCCAUCUAUAGCAGUUUAUUCGCCCAGUAGUGCCGCGGCCUUCGGCGCAACUUGUCUGGAUGAAGAUUUCUGCGUGAAGCUCUCUUUCUGCCGUCCAAACGAAAUUCGGGGAAAUCCCACCCUGUAUCGGACUCUGGUUCCCUACGAACAGCCCAUUCUGACGAAGAAGCUGAAGCUGCAACACAACCAGCACGGCGUGCAGCACCUGAUGCGCGUGAUGUUCUGGAAACGCCUCCAUUUCCUCACUGCCUACUGCGGGGUGUUCUGCGUCUCGGGGGCCGACCACAAAGUGGACCCCUGGCCCUACCCGCUGGCGUCCAUUUGGUGCCAUGGGGGCCGGAUAUUGCUGCGACUCGAAAACAUCCCCGCGCGCGAGCUGUUGUUCUACCUGUUCACCGGUAUCCGCGUGCCCCGGGGGUCGGCUACAACAUCAAGUAGCCACGUUGUGGAUGACUUCAAAAAAUCGCUUCGUGGCUCCAUGUCCAUGCGACCCUCCGCGAAACGUCAGACGACAGCAACGACCCUUCUGCCCCCGACCGGCAACAACAAGUCGCAAUCCAAAGUCGUCGAACAACAAGCACUUCUACCAAAGCGGGGGCCCGUUAGUACAGCGACUCAACAACACCUGAACCUCGUGUCCGCGAGCAUUCUGCAGAAGCGCACGCCUCUGCAAAAGCGACUGGCGGCGACCCACGGUGUCGGCGUGAAAGGGCACAACGAGGAGGCGGAGCUGGUGGAAAAAAAGCUGCACGCCACCAGCUUAGCCGACACCGCGCACAAUCUCGCCGAUGGGGUGUCCGGGCACCAUUUAGGUCUGAACUUUUCCUGGUGCGGGGUCGGCUCCCCGCUGCCCUUCGGCCCGCCCAGCGGCAUUCCGCGGCCGGAGCCGCCGCUGGAAAAGCUAUGGAACCAGCUGUCGACGUUAAUCCAGAAGUUGACGGACAAUCGGGACUUGUUCCCCGACAGCGUGCAGAGCACCGCCCAGACCACCGGCAACGCCGAUCGCGCUACCGUGUUGAGUAGUCGAGCCGCGGUUGGGGGGUCGACGAUAAUAUCCACAGGGACUACAUCGGGCGCCGCGACAUCGUCGAGCAAGAAAGUUCUUUCGAAUAAAAUACCCCCAAACGAGGAGUUGAAGCAGCUCUACAUCCAGCCGAUUGUUACCUCCGAUCAGCGGGAUUUGGAAAAAUUACAUUUCACGCCGGAACGGCAGCAGUUGGCCGAGGAAAUUCUAAAAACCUCCAUUGACGAGGCGAGUCUGCAGCAUUUGCUCGACCGCGCCACCAGCCGCGGAUUCGCGGCCCGGAAUGUGCUGGAGCUGCUCCGGUUGGAGAUAGCUCAUUUAAAACGCUUAUUGCACGCGCUGCACGUCGCCCAGGCCGCGUCCUCGCUGCAACCGCUGGGCGAGGAGGUGCUGCGCUCCCUGGCGGUGCUGGGCGUUUUGCAGGUGAAUACCAGUGUGGAAAAAGCGGAGGCGAUGCGGUACGUCGAGGCGUUUUUGCUGAUCCGCAUGUAUUUGUUCACCCGCUUGUCGCACCUGCAGCGCUUCGUGGGGAUUGCGGGGCAGGCGAUCAGCUACAACUUUCACCACUUGCACCAAAGCCCGCACUUCCAGAGCGACAAAAAGGUGGUCUUUUCCCAUCUGUACGUGCGCGUGGACGACUUUGGCGCUGCGCACCAAGCGAAAGCGAAAACUACUGUCUCGUCCCAACAAGUAUCUUCGGGCACUAGCAUUGAGCUGCCUGGCGGAAUGAGUGUUGCGGAUCACCCUUUCAUCUUUGACCCACGGUAUUCCGCUGCAGAAGCGACGGGGGUUCCCGACGCCGCGAGGGGUAGAAGUACUGCUGCUGCUUCUUCGCGAAAACACACAGAUGUCAAAAAGAGCGGGGUCGCCAUGGCAGGUGCUGUAGACCCGCCGAUGUUGGUGGACCCUUCGACCGGAAGAGACAACCUCACCUUCAAAAGCUACGAUUUGGAGCUGUAUGAGCACUUGAAUCCCUUCAAACAGGAACUGCACCAUCAGGAUAUUCAGGAGUCUCAUCCACACGUCGUCCGACCGGAGCAUUUGAGCGGCGUCCAAUACAAACCCCGGUCCAAGAAGCCCCGACGGUCCAAGUGGCGCCGCUUGUCGGAUUUCCUCCACCGUGCGACCCUCGCGGCCACCGGGAAGAAUUUUUCGCGCCAGGGAACGACUGACAGUGUGAGUAGUCAGGCCUCGUCGGAGGAGGGGAAUAACUCUCUGAGCGGUGCGGCCGGGAAGAAGAGGAGUCUUUUCAAUGCGAACAUCAAUGCGAAUAAACAACCCACUGCACCAGCUGCGGGGGAACGAGGCACAGCAGGCAAGGUUCGGAGUAAGCUGAUCACAACGGAGAAACAAUUAAACUUCGCGAAAGCGACCCUGCAAGUGCCCAAGAGCGAGGCGUGCAUUCGGCAGCCGCGCCUGCGCAGCGUCGGGGUGGAGCACAUGCGAUAUUGUUUAGGGUUUAACGACGCCGAGCGGGAGUGGAUAGCGACUUGUUUGGAAAGCUUUGGCACUCGUUUUGGUGCUGCUGCAAAUAGCCUGUUGCAAGAGCAGCCGCAACCGAUCCAGAUAGUGGGGAGAACACCUUCGCGGGAACUCCAGGGAGGUGCAACAACGACGAGUAAUUACAUGCAGAACUCAGAGCAGCUGCAAACGAGUCCGAGUGUAUUUAAGGAUCGUCACGACGUCUCCACAGCUUCUGCUUCCAGCGCGGGCGCGAGUGAUCUCAGCGGAACCCACCAACUCGACAAUAGUAAAUCGCUUCCCAUCUUGGAGGUGAAUCAGCCCGCGCCGCCGAGCUUCGAAGCCUUCCGGUACGUGUUGGCGUCUUGCAGGAAGCUCGAGCGCGCGUUCACUCGCACCGCUUACCAGGUCCCGCAAGCGUCGAAAGAGGGGCAGCACUUGCUGCGAAAGCGCAACAUUCUGCAGUCGGCGAGCAACUGCGAAGAGGAGCGACAUUUGUACGGCCAGCUGCUGGCUGGCACCGCGGGUCUGGUGGUCAGGACGCCAAGUGAGAACAAUGGCAGAAACAUCAAAAACAAACCCCAGCUGAAUAUCGUCCGGGAAGUCACAAGAGUGUAUAUCGCAGUCAACUACGAUCGCGCUUUGUGGUGGCUGUCCCCCACCGCCGCGCGAGAGAACCGGGAGGAAAAAGCGGAGUUUCUUUCUGCUUCCAACGACGAGGACCGAAUGAACAAGCGAGGUAUGUUUUGGCAGAAUUCCCAGGCUUCGUCACUGUCUCAUUGUCUUCCCAGGUCUCCUCCUUCCGGUUCGGCAGAAAGCUUGGACGUGGUUUACGAGUCGGCGGCGCAACCCUCAAUCAAGACCUCCGGAAAGAACAUGUCAGGAUCGGCGUUAAGCGCCCAAACCUCGUCCCUACCUUCAACUGCAGGGCUGCGACUCACUGGCCGGACACGGACAAAAUCCAAGGAGUCUAACCACGCCGAACCGGUGUCAGGCGGGACGGGUUCUUCUCCUAAAGUAACCAUGCAUUCCGUUUUCACCGCAGGUUCGAGCCGAGCAGCGGCUCUCGAUCAAACAACGCUUGAUCAGACGACAAUUAACGCAGAUACGACUACCAGCAGAAACACCACUUCUAAAACCGCAAGCACCUCUUCCGUCCAUUUCGUCGAUAGCCGCCAGCUGCUUUCGCGGGUGCUGUGCUUCAAAAUCCGCAGUGGGAAUUUGCGAAAGGAGGAGCUGGCGAGGAAAGUGUACGGGAAAUGGUGCAAAUACUUGAUCAGUACACUCCACCGGGAGCUCCAGGAAGUGUGGAACGACUUCUUCGUCCAGCUCGGCGUUUUUUUGGAAAACAUAACGUCCAGCGACGAAAAAGGCAAAAUCGCAUCGAAACUCGAGCAAAUUUUUCAGUCGGGGCAGUUGUUGCUGAGAAUCAAGACGGACGAACUGCUGAAAUCGUUUUCCUCCACGUUCUUCCGGGAACACCACUGCAUGUACGAGCAGAGAGAGAAGAACUUCAACUGUUCGGGACUGAAGUGCGUGACCAAGCGGAGCGUUGCCGUAUACGAGGUUCCGCCCCCGACCACGAGCAAAGUUCUGGUAAUUGCGGAGCAAAAGGCCCAGUUGGACGCUUUGUUGCUCGAGGUUGCAUCAUCUGGUGGCACAAAAAUACUGAACAAACCGUUCCUCUCAGCGGCGCAACAAAUGCAGGAUCCGCAAGCGCUUUUCACGCGCUACGUCGAGAACUAUGUGCUGGAUUUCAUGCACCCCUGGGAGGGCCACCAGUUGGAAAAAACGCGCCAGAAACUACACCAGAAUAUGAAUACCAGCACGAAGGCCGUCGAACAGGCCCGAUUCGGCGCGGAGUUCUUCGCAAACCACUUUGAAGUCGCGGCCCCGCACGACGUGCCCCCCAGUUGGCAGGCCAACCGGGACUAUUUGCACGACGUAAUAGCGGAGUCCGGCGCCACGAUGGCGCAGCACACGCCGCGCAAGCACGGCCAGGUGGAGACUUUCGGCAAUAGCGCCUCGUCCGCGGGGUCGUUGGGCGAACAAACCAACACCGCGGGUUCAUUAACCUUCUCCUUCGUUCCCAGCGUCUACCACAUCGCGCUGCGGGUAUACUCCUUCCGGUACUGCAUCACCGCAGAUUUAGAUCAACAGCUGGAACGCAGUUGCGCCGGUGGAGGUGGACCUAGAACAGGCGCGAGUAGCAGUACCGCACCGCGAGGACAACAACAGGGAACAACAACACCGCGUAGCAAUGCGGGUUCCACUGGAACCUCCCCGCGAGGAAAUGGAGAUCAACACCAGAGUACUAACCUACCACGUGACAGUUUGCACACACGGGCCACCGUAGCACCGCCUCCGCGGCAGAUCCUUUCUUCGUUCGGGCCCGACGAAGCGUUCCAGAAGCACCGGCUGCUGCUCUGGUUGAAGCGGCACGCGGCCAGUAAGGCUCCCGCUUCGUUCAUGAUGCCUUCAAUUACAAUGCUCAGCCCCCGCGGGGGCACAACUCCUGCUGCCGAUAUUAACUCAGCGAGCAAGCGCAGCAGUAAGGACCGGUCGGAACAGAAUUUGAAAUUUUGCGCAGAGGAGUGGGCAUUUGCAGUUUCCAGUGACGAAGAAGAAGACGAAAGCAGCGAGUUUACGCCAGCGAGAAAGAAGGGGCCGAUGAUUGUUCAUCAGCAGAGUACAUCUAGUAACCAAGAAACUGCUGGUGCCGCAGCUACUAUGAUUUCAAGCCAGAAGAACAAUACUAGCAAUAGGAAUACCCAACAAGCCAACAGUAGUCUCCUUCUUCCCGACCUGCAGAAGCUCGCGAAGCACUUUUUCCCGAAUCGCGACAAGCACCGGCUGACCCUGUUCCGCGUUUUCCAAAAUCUCUCCGCUUGGUCGGAAACCCACGACUCCGCACUUCUCCUGCCCCCUGACGCGCUGUGCUUCAAGGUGUUGCUGCUCGCGCUGGCUAAUUUUCGGAAUCGGAAGCAAGCGCCAAAGGAAGAGGAAAUGGCGGAUUUUGUGACGCACAAAAUCCCGGACCCGGCAGCUAUUCUGCAACCCGCGGCCGUGUCGGAACUGUUAUUGAAAACGUACGGCGCCCUGCGCAGCGGCACGCUCCGACUCUUUUUGAAGCGCGUGACUCGCCGGGAUAAUUCAACCCGUCCAGGAGCUUCGAACAGGAAUAAAAGGUCUACGUCAAGAACAACCAGAAGGUUCAGUGAUGGAACUGACAGCAAUAGUAAAAACUACCGGUCAAGCACCACCUCCUUCGGAGCCGCAGGAGAAAGCGUAACUGCUUCAGAAGGAGGUGAAGACGAGACAGAAGGAGAUAACGCAGCUGCUCCAGGAGCCAUUAACACCGUCGGCGCAGCGAUUUGGGAAGGCACGAAGAAGAUGACGAAGGCCGUCGUGAAGCCGUUGCAGAAGACCAUUGAGAUGCCCGGAAAAUUGGCACGGAAAUUUGGCCGAGACGAAUCUGCGGAGGAGCUGCUCCGCGCCAACACCGACCCGCGCAAACCGGUUUUAAUGGAAGUCGUUUUGUACCUAAAAAUCCAGUGCUCGCGCACGAACGCGGUCCUCUGCCGGGCGGACAGCAACGAGCUACUUUCUACUACGGUCAGUCUGAAGGAGACGUUUGCAGAGGCGGCAAAUCGCGUACUGUACGAGAAAUUGGGUUUGAAAGACUUUGACGCUUUGUCCCUCUACACUCCGGUGAAUAAAAGCGACCCAGAACUCGUCUCCGCCACGGUGUCCAUGGUCAGUCUCUUGACGGAAGACGAACUCCGGGCCUGCGGCGUGGUCACGAACAGUGAGUUUGCUGGCGUGUCUUCCGAUGUCGGGAACAAUAAUAGCAAUAAGCCAGGGACCUCGUCGACGAGCAAUGUCUUGCAAGUUGAAAAGAGGACCCUGAGCUACGUGUGGACCUACGAAUACGAAAGUUCUGGUGUAGUGACCUCGAGGUUGGGUCUGCCCAGUAUGAUCGGCAUAUCUGGUGCUAGUAAUGCUGCCAUGACGACGUUAACGUUUACGCCAAGCGAAAGCGUCGCCAGCUGCUUCACCGGCACGAAGUUUAGGACACUGAGGAGCGGAAAAAAGCGGAGGAAGAGAGAUUUCGAGACGCUUUGGUACCAAGAGUGCGAUCCGCUGGACGGCGAUCCGCGCGCACGCGUCUUUGUAGGCACCAAAGCGUUUGGCGAACUGGUGGCGAAACAGCAGAAGCAGAAAUUGCUGCAGCUACAACAGACCCCCGGCGACGGCAAAGGCGGUGGAGUUGUAAGUGCAGCAACCACAAAUAAGACCAGUUCCGGCGCGACCAUACCGGUUGUAGCGAGUAGUGAGACCACAUCGACGUCGGCGCAGCUGGCCUUUACUAGCCUGGCGGAGGUACGGUCCGCCGCUAUCACAGAGGGCAAACUAGCUCCCUGGGCCGCUGCGACUCCGAUAUUGAACUUGGGACAGAGGCCGAGAGCAGCGUGGUUCGUGCAAUCGUGUGCCGGCAUGGAGGGGAACGCGACUCUAUCCGUCGGCCCCCGGAAACUUGUAGAAAGCAGUUCUGCGCUCCUGAAUUGCACGCCUUUGGUUGCUCGAGACGAGGGUCGCGUCGGACUCUCACUGAUACCUGCGUCAUUUGUUUUGGCGUGUAAAAGGUUGGAGAAUUGUUCUAUGAAAAACACUAAGACACCGAGCCCGAAUAUUCCAGCUCGUAGUACCAGUACGAGAACAAUGGAAAGUGGAGCAGUUUACAACCUCCAUUUAGGAACGCACGAGGACGGGGGAGUAGACGGAGAUCUUGUGUCGACAAUGUUCUACUUUGCCCACCAGCAGUCCAGAGAACUAGUUCUUAGCACUCGCGCAGCAAAUGGAGAACUAAAUCUUCCCGCUACAUCAACUCGAACUCCCAGCACGAUAGAACCCCUCGCGCCGCCGCCUGCGUUGCAAAAUUAUCACCCGGCACUUCGUGCCGUGAACAUCUACCACCAGCUGAACCUCGGGAACCAACAUAGACAGGCACAGAAGAUCGCACCGGUGAUGCAGUGGGUGGUGCCGCAGAGCGACUGCCCGCUGAUUCACAGCUGUCGGAAUGACGUCGACCCGGUGCAGGAACAAAACACGACUUUGAUCGACCCCGCGCAAGGCGUUCCGGCCGUGAGUAAACUCGUCGUGAACCCGUCGAACCUUCACGACCACCCUCGGACCCGCACCUUCACGACGACCACUUCCGCAAGGGAACAACAUCAAACUACUUCUUUAAGUUCCGUGAUGCUGGGCGUGGAAGGGACUGCGCCGGGGAAACAGAGUCCCUUUUCCGGAAUCGACCACGGGACCACUGGGAAGGCGAACUUCACCUCCGCGCGCGGGUCGCGGAAGUGGACCGCGUUUGAGGCCAAUUUAGAGGACGGCGCGGCCGUGCCCGCGGCGAUGAACGGGAUGCGCAGCGUGUUGGACCGGCCCAGCUUUGAAAACUUCUGCGAUUUGUGUGACAAAAUCGUCGACGUGCGGUUGGAAAAGACCUUCUGGUGGGACCAAACCCACCUUCAUAGUGGUACUCAUCACUCGCACCACGAUCAUCAUAGUACGGGACAAACGACUAUGGUGCCCGCACAACAUGCGAAGAGUACUGCAGGUGCAGCGCCUCAGCCAGCGGCAACUACAUCCUCUGCCUCCGGAGCAGGUGGUGCCCAAAAUGUUCAUCCGCACCAUCACCACCACCACCACCACCAGCCCCCAAACGCGUUUACGCAGAAUUUGGUCACGCGCGGCUAUCCCCGGUCGCUGAAAGAAGCGCAGGCCCACCAGCAGCGGAUCUUCAAGGAACUUCUCUGCUCGAACUCAAUCCGGGCACAGGCCAUAGCGAGAAACCCGAAUCUGGUGUGCCCGUCCGGCGGAAGGACAACCAGUGGAGGCGCUUCGCCUUCAGGACUGGACGGGGCGGCGGCGCUGGUUAAUAAUGGUGCGAGAGGACGUGAUUUGUCUACUUCGGCGGCAAGCUGCAUAGUUGUAGCUGGAGGACUCAAGCGCUCAAAAUCUGUGUGAACUGAAAUUAUUUGAUACAGAACUUCAUCUCUUUGAAAUUGCUCUUGAUUGUGUGAUGUACAACACUUUUCAUGAUUUACAUCUUGGAAACACGAU